AUGGCGUUUGCAUUUGAAAAGAAAACACCUAACAAACUUAUACAAAGAACACUGAAGCCCAUUCUCAGUAAGGCCACCCAAAGUCGUUUCACGUUCAUUGAUAUUUCUGACAGAAUUGUUGUUUUUUUCUUUUUCGCACUGAUCCCACUGAUCCUUGCUUCCAUCCGUGUGGUUCCCAGAUUGUGUCAAAGUACCACAUCAACUUUGUUUGUGGUUUUAGUCCUCUGGCAAUCCCAUUUCAUUGCCUUCAACGGGAAAAUGGCGGACACCGCGUCACUCGACUUGCUUAUGCAGUAUCAGAUUGAUUUGUAUCCAGUAAUGCCUAAUGCCAUGCGUUCCUUGCGGAGCUAG